AUGAUUGAUUACCAAAGAUUGUCAUCUUUAAUUAUUUACAUUGCCAUUGAAAACAUAUUCGAGUAUUCCAUGCAAUUGUUUCAUUCUCUUCAAUUGGUGGUUUAUUGCAAUUUGUACGAUGUAAAGUAA